GGGCGGGGCCCCGCCCGCCCCGCUUCCGGCCUGGCGGGACAGUGUGCGCACGCGCAGAGGCAGUCGGCUGUCCGGGCCAGCGAGGGGAGGCGGCGGUGCACGGGCGGAGGCGAGUGGGGCGCGUUGGUGUGAAAUGAGCAACUCUGAAGAUGAGGACCUCCCCCAGCUCUCUUCCCAUGCCCUGGCAGCUCUGCAGGAAUUUUAUGCUGAGCAGAAACAGUACACCGACCUUGGUGGCGAUGACAAGUAUAACAUUGGAAUAAUAGAAGAGAACUGGCAGCUGAGCCAGUUUUGGUACACUCCGGAGACCGCCCUGCGCCUUGCAGAGGAAGCCGUGGCAGCUGCUGGGGAAGGUGGCAGUUUGCGAUUCGCAGAACAUGAGGAAAUAAGAACUGCUUCAUUGUUGAGUCUGGGGACACACACAGAAAUCUAUUCAGUAGUAGCAUGUGUGAGUGCCCCCAGCGUUUACCAGAAGCUGCGAGAGCUGCACAGAGACGACUUUUCUAUCUGCAUCUUCGAAUAUGACCACAGGUUUGCCAUAUACGGAGAGGAGUUUAUCUUCUAUGAUUACAAUAACCCAGUGGAUUUACCUGAGAAAAUUGCUGCACACAGUUUUGACAUUGUAAUAGCAGAUCCCCCUUAUCUCUCUGAGGAAUGUCUCAGAAAAACGUCGGAAACCAUCAAGUACCUGACCCGGGGCAAGAUUCUGCUGUGCACAGGUGCCGUCAUGGAGGAAGAGGCAGCAAAACUUCUUGGAGUGAAGAUGUGCAAGUUUAUUCCAAAACACACUCGAACCUUGGGAAAUGAAUUUCGCUGUUACGUGAAUUAUGAUUCUGGGCUGGACCGUGAACUGUGAACGCAGCUGGUAAUACAAUGUAGUAAAGGACCCAUGUGACA